UGAAGUUACGUAUUCCGUAUCCAAGAAAGUAAGUAAAAGAUACAUAACAUCAAAUUGAUAAUUAAUUUUUUCAAAGUAAGGCAUUUUUCGGAAUCUAAACAUUCUAUCAUACGUUUACAUUAAAUUACGAACGAAUUUUGUAUCUAUAUAUUUACAGUUUUUAACCUACAAAACGAGAAAAAUUAUAAAUUUAAAAAGAAACUACAAACAAUUUCUCAAAAAAUCAUUAUAAUUUAUUAAAGAAGAAUGUCAAUAUUAUUACGACUUGUUCGUUCUCAUAGAAUUAAGAAUAGAUUGAUGUUUUUAAAACCAAAUGAGAUUAAAAUAUAUAAUAGAAUAUAUCGUAGUGAUUUACCAACUCAAAAAACUGAAAAAGAAGAUUUAUAUGAAAUAAAAAAUGCAUGGGCUAGUUAUGGAUUUGACAAUGAAAAUAAGGAAGCUGAUCGUCAAGGCAUGCACAUAACAUUUUUUACUUGUAUCUCUUUAGUCUUGAUAUUUGGAAUUCUUAUAAUUGUUUAUGCACCAGAUCCACUUCUGAAAGAUUGGGCUCAACGUGAAGCAUAUCUACAACUUCGCUAUAGAGAAGAAAAUGGUUUGCCAUUAAUUGAUCCAAACUUAAUAAAUCCAUCAAAAUUUACUCUUCCAAGUGAAGAGGAAAUAGUUGAUGUUGAAAUAAUUAUUUAAAUAUU